GAACAAGCCUUGAUCGUGAAGCGGAAAAAGAAACAAAUGAAGCUCUUGUGACGUUCGUGGAUCGAGGUCCUUACUUGUCUAUUCAACAACAAAGAAAAAGAUUACCGAAAUAUAAAUCACGUGAUCAGAUACUGUAUCUUAUUGAACAAUACCAAACAACCAUUGUCGUAGGGCAUACUGGCUGUGGGAAAACCACGCAAAUACCACAAUAUCUUAAUGAAGCAGGUUGGACUAAUAAUGGUUUUGUCGUGGCAUGCACACAGCCUCGUCGCGUAGCCGCUACUACAGUUGCUGAACGCACAGCCACAGAAAUGAACGUGAAACUUGGCGAAGAAGUAGAAUGCUACGAUCCAGCUAAAACACGUAUCAAAUAUAUGACUGAUGGCAUGUUGUUUCGCGAGGCAUUUACCGAUCCAUUGCUAACACAGUAUAGUGUUAUUAUGAUUGAUGAAGCUCAUGAAAGAAGUCUUUAUACUGAUAUAUUACUUGGAAUUCUGAAAAA